CAUUGGAGAACAAAGGAAGAAAAUGUGGAGGCUGAAAAUUGGGGAGGGUGAAAAUGAUCCAUUUUUGUUCAGCACAAACAACUUCACGGGGAGGCAGACAUGGGAGUUUGACCCCCAUGCAGGUACUCCUCAAGAGCGUGCUGAGAUUGAAGAGGCUCGUCAAAAUUACCACCAAAACCGAUUCCAGGUCAAACCUAGCAGUGACUUACUGUGGAGAAUGCAGUGUUUAAGAGAGAAAAAUUUCAAGCAAACGAUUCCUCCAUUGAAGAUCCAGGAAGGUGAGGAAAUCACACAUGAAACUGCGACAGCAGCAUUGAAGAGGGCUGUCCGUUUCACUGCAGCCUUGCAAUCAAGCCACGGACAUUGGCCUGCUGAAUUUUCUGGCCCAUUGUUUUACACACCUACUCUGGUCAUGUGUCUGUACAUCACUGGACAUCUUAAUGUUGUAUUAUCUGCAGAACAUCGAAAAGAAGUUAAGCGUUGCAUAUACAAUCAUCAGAACAAAGAUGGUGGAUGGGGAUUAGCCGUGGGUUGCCAUAGCAGCAUGUUCGGUACGGCUUUCAACUAUGUGUGUUUGCGUUUGCUUGGAGAAGGACCAGAUGCAGGUGAAGACAACGGCAUGGCUAGAGGAAGAAAGUGGAUUCUUGACCAUGGCGGUGUAACCAAUAUACUUUCUUGGGGAAAGAUUUGGCUUUCGAUACUUGGAGUGUUUGACUGGUCCGGAUGCAACCCAAUGCCUCCCGAGUAUUGGAUACUUCCUUCUAUUCUUCCCAUACAUCCAGCCAACAUGAUGUGCUACUGCCGCAAUACGUAUAUGCCCAUGUCGUAUCUGUAUGGAAAAAAGUUCGUCGGCCGAAUAACCCCACUCAUAUUACAGUUGAGGGAAGAACUCUACAUUCAGCCUCACAACAAAAUCAAAUGGGGCAAAGUUCGCCAUUUAUGUGCACAGGUGGACAUAUACUUUCCCCAUCCAUGGAUGCAAGAUUUGGUGUGGGAUUCCAUGUACAUGAUUACUGAGCCUCUUCUUAACGUUUGGCCCUUUACCAAGUUGAGAGAGAAAGCUCUUCAAGAAGCAAUCAAACACAUACAUUAUGAAGAUGAGAGCAGUCGGUAUAUUACCAUUGGAAGUGUAGAAAAGACACUAUGCAUGCUUGCUUGUUGGGUUGAAGACCCCGAUGGUGAUUCUUUCAAAAAGCAUCUUGCUCGGGUUCCAGACUUCCUAUGGGUUGCAGAAGAUGGCAUGAAAAUGCAGAGUCUGGGUACUCAAUCUUGGGAUAUUGCUUAUAUCAUUGAAGCUUUUCUUGCUGCCACUCGCAACCUAAGUGCUUCUGAGACUGGUCCCACACUUAUGAAAGGACAUGACUUCAUAAAGAAAUCCCAGGUGAGGGAUAAUCCUGUUGGUGAUUUUAAGAGCAUGUUUCGAUGCACUUCGAAGGGAUCAUGGACUUUGUCUGAUCAAGAUCACGGAUUGCCAGCUUCUGAUUCCCUUUCAGAAAAUCUGAAGUGUUGCCUACUACUCUCAAUGAUGCCAUCAGAAAUUGUUGGUGAUAAAAUCGAACUGGAGCGAGGAUAUGAUGCUGUUAACUUCCUGCUCACUAUGCAGAGUAAAAAUGGUGGUGUAUCAAUAUGGGAGCCAGCAGGAGCUCCAUCAUGGUUGGAGAUGCUUAAUCCCGUGGAUUUUCUUGAGAACAUCGUCAUUGAGCAUGAGUAUGUUGAGCUCACUUCCUCGGCAUUACAAACUAUGGUUUUGUUCAAAAAGUUACAUCCUGAGCAUAGGAAGGAAGAGAUAGAAGAAUUUAUUGUUCGCGCUGCACAAUAUCUUGAAGACACACAAAACCCUGAUGGUUCAUGGUAUGCAGUUUGGGGAAUUUGCUUCACAUACGGUGCAUGGUUUGCGCUUAAAGGUUUGGCAGCUGCUGGAAAAACUUAUUACAAUUGUCCGGCUAUGCGCAAUGGUGUUCGCUUUCUACUUACAACCCAAGGAGAUGAUGGUGGAUGGGGAGAGAGCUACCUUUCAUGCCCAAACAAGAAAUUAAUACCACUCGAAGGAAGAAGAUCAAACUUAGUACAAACUGCAUGGGCUUUAAUGGGUUUAAUUCAUGCCCAGCAGGCAGAAAGAGACCCGACUCCUCUUCACCGUGCUGCGAAGCUGUUAAUCAAUUCUCAGAUGGAGAACGGUGGAUUCCCUCAACAGGAAUUGACAGGUGGUUUCUUUAGUAAUUGCAUGUUACACUACGCAAAUUAUUGCAUUACUUUCCCGUUAAUGGCUCUUGCAGAAUACUGCAGCUGCAUGCAGGUUCCAUUGGCUUCCGCCGCAGGUGUUUAAUACAACAAAAGAUUUAUAAAUGGUUGAGAAUAAAUCUCACAUUGAUGAGAGGAAUGAUAUUGUAUGUGUUUAUAAAUAAUCAUGGGACUUCAUCUUCAUGACUGAUAUAUAAGGAUCCAAAUAUAUAUUAAUAUCAGUCUGCAUGAUGCUCGAGUGUGCAACAGUUGAUUAUGUUUGCAUAUUAGUGAAUGGUAUUGUAACUAUUACAACGGUAAAUUCUAUUUACGUACAAUAAUACAAUUCUGCAUCAAUAAUGUUUAGUCUU